AUGGAGCGGUUUUAUGGUCUUUGGAGAGUGCAGCUGGAUAAAUCUGUCGGGUUUGAGGAAGUUGCACAAUUAUUUGGAUGGACGGAGGAAAGACUGAAGAUGGUUUCCUCUUUAGAGUACACAAUGCUACUUCAAAGUUGUGGAGAAAGGGACAGGUGCUUUUUGGAUUAUGGAAUUGUGUCCACGGAAUACUUUUACAAACUUGGAGAACCAUUCGACUUUGCUGGCGUUGAUGGACAAAGGCAAAAGUGGUGCACAGUGACCCUGGAAGAUGGCAAAUUAGUCGAGACCUACGUUUCUGAAGAAGGAAUCAAAUGGCGAACCGAUCGAGAGUUGAAUGGCUCUAACAUGAAAGCGAUAACAACAUUUGAAAUAAGUGGUGCCAAAUGUAUUCAGUGGUUGACCAAAGCCUGA